CCUCCGGCACGCGCCCAACGACAGAGGGAGGAGUGAGCGAGAGACGCGGCAAGAACCGCCUCGCGCACCCUACGGGCCAAAGAGGGGCCCGCAGACAGACGCGGAAUUCUCAGGCGCUGAGGCGGCUAGAGCGUGAUGGCGGCGACGGGAACGACGGCGGCAACAAGGCUGAAAUGGGAAGCGGCUCCGCGCUCCACCGGGUCUUCCUCUCUUCCCGCGGUGACCGAGAGCCUAGCGGCGACGACGGCGGUCCCCUGGCUAGGAGUAGCGCUGCGGUUAUUGGUCGCGCUGCUUCUCAACGCGGCCCGGGCCGACAAAGAAGCUUUUAUCCAAUCAGAUAGCAUAAUAGAAGUCUUACGCUUUGAUGAAGGAGGCUUAUUACAGACUGAGACAGCUAUUGGUCUCAAUUCAUAUCAACAGAAAAGUGUAUCUAUGUAUCGAGGAAAUUGCAGACCUAUUCGGUUUGAACCACCAAUGCUGGAUUUUCAUGAACAGCCGGUUGGGAUGCCAAAAAUGGAAAAAGUUUACUUGCAUAAUCCCAGUUCAGAAGAGACUAUUAUAUUAGUUUCAAUAUCUGCAACAACGUCACAUUUUCAUGCGUCUUUUUUUCAAAAUAGGAAAAUUAUCCCUGGAGGAAAUACAUCAUUUGAUGUAGUUUUUCUUGCAAGAGUUGUGGGAAAUGUAGAAAACACAUUAUUUAUUAACACAUCUAAUCAUGGGGUAUUUACUUACCAGGUGUUUGGAGUAGGAGUACCAAACCCUUACAGACUGCGGCCUUUUAUAGGAGCAAAAGUUCCAGUGAACAGCAGUUUUUCUCCUAUUAUAAAUAUACACAAUCCCCAUAGUGAACCUUUGCAGGCAAUAGAAAUGUAUUCAAGUGGGGGUGAUCUUCAUCUAGAGCUUCCAACUGGGCAACAAGGAGGAGCAAAAAAACUGUGGGAAAUCCCUCCCUAUGAAACUAAAGGAGUAAUGAGAGCGAGUUUUUCUUCAAGAGAAGCAGAUAAUUACACAGCAUUUAUUCGAAUAAAAACAAAUGCCUCAGAUACUACCGAGUUCAUUAUUCUUCCAGUAGAAGUAGAAGUUACAACAGCUCCAGGAAUUUAUUCAUCAACAGAAAUGCUAGAUUUUGGUACUUUAAGAACACAAGAUCUGCCAAAAAUUUUAAAUUUACAUUUGUUAAAUUCAGGAACAAAAGAUGUACCAAUAACUGUAAGUACUGCCUGCAUAAUUUCAGAGUUCAUUAUAACUUUCAUUUGUUUUGUACUGUUGGAAGAAAUAUCCAUCUGGUUUCAGUUCCAAGUGGGGAUAAAGACACUGGAAACCUGGAGGCUGCUUUAUUUUAUAUUGCCCCAAAAACCUGAUGAGCAAAUAAUUGACUUUGGUAUAUUAAGUGCCACGGAAACUAGCACCAUUAUGUUUGCAGUGCUUAACAGUAAUCCAAUUCAGCUUUUCCUAAAAAGCUGGAAUGUUAUAGGUGAUGGUUUGGCCAUAGAACUCCUAGCUGCUGAAAAAGGCAAUAGAACUACAAUAAUUGCUAGUCUUCCAGACUUGGAAAAGGCCAAUAUAUUGGAUCAAACUUCGGUAACAUUGAUGCCUGGUUCAUAUACUGUAUUCAGAGUAAGAUUAUUACCCAAAGAACUUGAAGGGAUCCAUGAUGGAGCUAUACAAAUCACAACAGAUUAUGAGAUCCUAACAAUUCCUGUGAAGGCUGUUGUUGCUGUGGGCUCCUUGACUUGCUCUCCAAAACACAUUCUGCUUCCACCUUCCUUUCCAGGCAAAGCAGUUCAUCAAAGUUUGAGUCUUAUGAAUUCUUUCUCACAGAAGGUAAAAAUACAGCAGAUCCGAUCAUUAUCAGAAGAUGUUCGGUUUUAUUACAAGAGAAUACGAAGUAACAAGGAAGAUCUAGAACCAGGGAAAAAAUCAAAGAUAGCUAAUAUUUAUUUUGAUCCUGGUUUACAAUGUGGAAACCACUGCUAUGUAGGUUUGCCUUUUCUGAGUAAAUCUGAAUCAAAAGUACAGCACAGUGUAUCAAUGCAAGAAGAUGCAUGGGAUUCAGAUUGGGAGUUGCAUGAUAAUUUAUUCAGAGAAUGGAUUGGAAUAAGAGAUUAUUCAAACAAUCAGCUGAGUGCUGUAUUUGAAGUGGACACAGAUCUUCAAAAGGCUGUGACAUCCAAAAUCACAGCAGAAUUGGCCUGGCCCUCUUUACUUGGCUCACAGCACCAAUUGGAUUUCUCACUUACCAAUACAAAUGGUUCUUCUGAAGAAGAAAUUGUUCUAGAAAAUCCUGCGGAUGUUCCCGUCUUUGCUCAGCUUCUUCCCAUAGCACUGUACUCUAAUCCAUCAGUCUUUGUAGAUAAGCUACUUGACAGAUUUAAUUUAAGUAAAACAGGAGACAUCAAUUUGAAGACAUUAGAAUUUCAAGUUUCUAGAAAUUGUGGUCAGACAUUGCAGAGCUCCACAGGAUUUAUAGAAGGGUUGUCUCGACAGUCAGUUUUAAAUGUAAUUUUAAAACCUGGUGAGAGAAAAUCUAUUAAAAUAAAAUUCACUCCAGUCCUUAAUAAAACUGUUUCAUCCUUAAUAAUUAUCAGAAAUAAUUUAACAAUAAUAGAUGUUAUAAUGGUUAAAGGACAAGGAACAACAGAAAGCAUGAAGAUUGCAGGAAAAGCACCCGGAGUAACCAAUUCAUUGAGAUUCAAAAUCACUGAAGCAUUACUAAAAGAUUGUACAGAAAAAACAAAGUUAAAGGAGCCAAAUUUUACUCUGAAAAGAACAUUCAAAGUGGAAAAUACAGGACAGCUUCAGCUUAACAUAAAAUCCAUGGAAAUCAGUGGAUAUUUAUGUGAAGGAUACGGAUUUAAAAUAGUUAAUUGCCAAGAAUUUGCACUAAGUGCCAAUGCCUCUAAAGACAUUGUCAUAUUGUUUACACCAGAUUUCACUACUUCCAGAGUCAUUCGUGAAUUGAAACUAACCACAGCAGGAGGCUCAGAAUUUAUAUUUGUAUUAAAUGCAUCUCUUCCCUAUCAUAUGUUAGCAACUUGUGCAGAAGCUUUGCCAAGACCAAAUUGGGAGUUGGCACUGUACAUAGUAGUCUCAGGAAUAAUGAGUGUGCUCUUCCUUUUGGUAAUUGGAACAGCCUAUUUAGAAGCUCAAGGAAUUUGGGAACCAUUUAGAAGGCGCCUUUCCUUUGAAGCUUCCAAUCCUCCUUUUGAUAUGGGAAGGCCAUUCGAUCUCAGGAGAAUACUUGGAAUUUCAUCUGAUGGAAACUUGAAUCCCCUUGGAUCAGAGUCAAAUCACAGUACUUCCAGAGGAAUCUAUGGACCAGGAAAUUCCUCAUCACGAUCCAGUGCAGGAAGUCAUAAGCAAUGUAACUCAUCAGUGAAUCUACACAGCAAUAGAAAUUCAGUUGAAGUUGAUAGUAUGAGAUUUAAAAACAGUUCUAAUAUUGCAAACAGAACUUCUGUGCAGGCAGGUUCUGCACAGUCUAUGAACAGAGCAGGUUCUGUCUGCUUGGAUUCUAAUGCUGCAGCUCAGAAUCAUGCAGCAGGCAGGAAAUCUAGAAGUACAAAACAAAAUUUGCAAUCAAACCAGCAGCAUGCAUCAGUUUCAUUAGAGCAACAUUUACCGGAGCUACCAGUGGUAUCUCAGCAACAAGAGCAGCAGAAUGAAAGUUCCUCAUCACAAAUUCAGCAGCCUGCACCUUCACAUUCAGAAUGUGCUAAUAACACAAGGCAUAGUUCAGAAGACUCUGAUAUUGCCACUCUCAUGGAAACCAUGGAUAAAGACUUUGAUCACCCAGAAUCACCUUCUCCAGAGGUAUUUACAGAACAACCACCUUCUCCAGUAGCAAAAAAUAAAGGGAAAGGAAAACAAUUUCAGCGAAAAUCUAAGCCCCCAAAGAAGCGUGAAGAAAAGGAGCACAGGGGAAAGGGUAGGCAACAAGAGGAUGAAUUAAGAGAUGCUCUAGCAGAUGAUGACAGUUCUUCAACCACAACAGAAACUUCAAAUCCAGAUACAGAAGCUGUUCUGAAAGAGGAGCCAGAAAAACAAAAGGGAAAACAGUUAAUACCAGAGAAACAGGAAAAUGAAAUACAAGUAAAGCAGAAAAGUAAAAAAUUAUCAAUGAGCAAGAAAGAUGCUCCAACAGAUUUAAAGCCAAGUUCCUUCGAGGCAUCGUGUUCAUCACUUGAAAAUAAACAGCACAAAAACUUUUCAUCAAAGCUAUCUGCUCCGCAUACAUGCACGAAUGGACUCAAAUCAAGAAACUUCCAGAAAAUGAAAGGUACAAGCAUGAAAAUAAUGGAUAGCAGGCCAUCAUCAUUAGCAAAGUUUUUCUCUAGUGGCUCUGGUCAAGAAUUAGGCAAUACCAGCAGUUCAGAAGGAGAAAAAGAUUCACCGCCACCAGAGUGGGAUUCAGUACCAAUUCACAAAGAAGGCAGCUCUUCUGACAACCUUUAUAAGUUGUCUCUGCAAACAAUUAGUGCAGAUGCUUUUCUGAAGCAAAGACAGACCUCACCAACAUCUGCCUCUCCAUCUCCACCACCUGCGUCAUUGGCCUAUGCCACACGGAAUAGUUAUAGCAGCAUUGUGAACAACUGCAAAGACUCGAAAAGCAAACUGCUUAGUGGUGCCAAGCAUAAGGUGACAAAGGCAGCUUCUCUUCCUGGCAGGAAUGGAAAUCCUACUUUUGCUGCUGUAGCUGCUGGUUAUGAUAAAAGCCCAGGUGGCAGUGGCCUAGCAAAGUCUUCACCAAUUAAAGCUGAGUCUUCUGGCUGUAUGAGCAUUUCACACACAGCUGUGGACAGCGAUGGCUCUGACAGUUCUGGUUUGUGGAGUCCUCUUAGCAAUCCUAGCAGUCCAGAUUUUACACCUUUGAACUCUUUCUCAGCAUUUGGAAACUCUUUUAAUUUAACUGGAGAAGUUUUCAGCAAGCUUGGAGUGUCACAGUCUGUUUAUGGUCAGGAUGCUCAGCGAAACUGGAAUGAGUUUAGCAAUGUUCCUUCAUCCAUCUGGGAUUCUUCAGCUACAGAUUUUGUACCUUCCUGGCCCACAAGUUCAGGAUCCCCAACUCACACAACUUCAUCAAUCCUUGGCAACCCAAGUGGCCUGUGGUCUACAACUACCACUCCAUUCAGCAGUUCCAUUUGGUCAAGCAAUUUGAACAAUUCCCUUCCUUUCAACACUCCAGCUCCCCAUUUGCCAGGGAUCGAUCUUGGGAGUGAAAACACCCCACCCUCCCCUGUUACUGCACCCACAGUAAACAAUUCAGAAGAGUUGGGACAACCAUAUAAUCCUUGGCUAAUUUGGAGUCCUGCAAUUGGGAGAAGAAGCUCGGAUCCUUGGCCUAAUGUGCAUUACCCAUCUGAAAAUUGAAAUUAAGCAAAAUAAAGUGACUGUAAUUAUUCAGAUGCGAUCAUGGUAAAUUCUGUAACAUGCCUGAAACAUAAUUCACAAGCCAUUUGUUCCUAUUCUUUCUCUUUGUUCCUCCCAACAAAAACCAUUAAAGUCUAAUCAUACAUUCAUCAUUUGCUCCUAUUAAAGUCUGUCUCGCAAUUAUGGUAGUGUGAAAUUGCUGAUCUGACUGGCGAAUCUUUAUGGGCGGUCAUCUACUGCACUAGGACUGUUGUUCUGGCUUUUUACCAUCUACUGUUUAAAUUUUUAAACACUUGCUAAGUUUUUUUUAAAAAUACAGUGAUUUUCAUCUACCAAGCUAGAUUUAAUUUUUUCCAGUAUUAUGCCCCAAACCUAAUUUUAAGGAGCAUCUCGUGCUAAAAAUGCAGAGUAUUUUUUUUAAAAAAACAAAGCUUUGUUAAAAGACUCUAUGAAUGUAAAAACAUUAGGAGCAAAAAUGGCUGAAUCUAAGAGCAUUCUGUUCAAACUCUACAUUUUAUGUGUCUGUUUGUACAUUUGUAAACCUGAAUGCAUUUUUAAGUUGAACUGAAAUGUGCAUAGCCAAUACUUGUGGAUGACACAAGAUUCCUUGUGCUUUUUUACCAAUACAACUUUGAGUUGUACUUGAAAAAUAAAUAAUGCUUUUUUCAU